UUGCUCGAUAUAUCGAUACAAUCGCAAGUGGCCAACCCAGCUCUACACAGAAACCCGGUUGCCAAAAAAUUUGAUGUGCAUUUUUUGUAUUGAAACCCGAGCACGAGAGCCGAGCUACCAGCAAAAGGAUUGUCGAGAUAGCCCGCCACUGCGCUGAUCCGGUGAACGACAAACGACGCUGUCCCCGCCCAGUCAACGCCUGCAGUCCGAUUCACCGUUUCCCCGUCGCCUCGGCUGCCGCCAUCCUCCGGGUGAAGAUGUCCGACUACAGCGACCUGGACCGACAGAUCGAGCAGCUAAAGCGCUGCGAGAUCAUCAAGGAGAACGAGGUGAAGGCCCUGUGUGCCAAGGCCCGCGAGAUCCUGGUGGAGGAGGGCAACGUGCAGCGGGUGGACUCGCCAGUGACCGUGUGCGGCGACAUCCACGGCCAGUUCUACGAUCUGAAGGAGCUGUUCAAGGUUGGCGGCGAUGUGCCCGAGAAGAACUACCUUUUCAUGGGCGACUUCGUGGACCGCGGCUACUAUAGCGUGGAGACGUUUCUGCUGCUGCUGGCGCUGAAGGUUCGCUAUCCGGACCGCAUCACGCUGAUCCGGGGCAACCACGAGUCGCGUCAGAUCACACAGGUGUACGGCUUCUACGACGAGUGCCUGCGCAAGUACGGAUCGACGGCCGUGUGGCGGUACUGCACGGAGAUUUUCGACUACCUCAGCCUCUCGGCGAUCAUCGACGGCAAGAUAUUCUGCGUGCACGGUGGCCUAUCGCCGUCCAUCCAGUACCUGGACCAGAUCCGCAGCAUCGACCGCAAACAGGAGGUGCCGCACGACGGGCCCAUGUGUGACCUGCUCUGGAGUGAUCCGGAGGACCAGACCGGCUGGGGCGUGUCGCCGCGUGGUGCUGGCUAUCUCUUCGGCUCGGACGUGGUCUCUCAGUUCAAUCGCACCAACGAGAUCGACAUGAUUUGCCGUGCACACCAGUUGGUGAUGGAGGGCUUUAAGUGGCACUUCAAUGAAACCGUCCUGACCGUCUGGUCGGCACCCAAUUACUGCUAUCGCUGUGGCAAUGUGGCUGCCAUCCUGGAGCUGAACGAGUACCUGCACCGCGAUUUCGUCAUCUUUGAGGCGGCUCCGCAGGAGAGUCGCGGCAUUCCCUCGAAGAAGCCUCAAGCGGACUACUUCCUCUAAGACGCUGCCGCUCCUGACUCUCUGGUAGUCCGCUCAAAUGGACGCGGAACGGGAGGCGGGUGCCCACUGGUGGCUUACACAAAUCAUCUAGGGAAUAGGAAACUGCCAGCCUGCAUAAGCAAAGCAAACGCGAACAGCAACUGAUGGUGUAAAACAAAAAAGAUGUAACAUAAACGUAAGCUAGGAUAAAGCAGCCGGACCCAGGUCCACGUUCAGUUACAAUUAUUCCCUUUUUUGGUUCCACUUAGAUAUUACAUUUUUUUACCAUCUGUUUACCUCUAUCUGUGUUUAAUCAGGCCAUUUGCGCGAUCUUUUGAUGGCCGUUUGUUGCUGGAAAUGGUAAUCAUCUAGAGAUCAACAUCGUAGAUCGCGUGCGAGCCUGUGCACCGCAUCUAGCUACUAACUAAUAGGAUUAAUAACCAUUGCCCGAGAUUCCUGCAAAUUCGCCUGGCGUAGACGGUCCGCAAUCGAAGCCGCCGUCUCCUCGAUGCGAAUUUCCUGAGCCCGGGCAACACACUAUACUUGUAGCGUAGGUUAAGCAAAAACAUAUUUUUUAAGAAAGAUUGUGUACAGUCGGCAGAGAUGACGACGGAUUUAGGGCAGCCGGGUGCAAACGAGCGGAGUCGUCGAUGUGUUAAUUGAUUAAAAUGCGACUUUGCAUGCCUGGUCGGGACUUUCUCCGCAAGAAAACAGCUGGAGAAAACCAGAUACGAGGAACAACGUGUAGUAAUUUAUAGCAUGUAAGAAUCUUUUAAAUAUGCCCCAGAUUGGGAUAUUAUAUACAAAUAAUUAUACUUGUAUUUAAAAUAAAGAUUGUAAGAUAAUCGACGAA